AUGAUCCUUAAAGGUAUGGCGGCCAAUAUGUUGGUGGGAUUGAAGAUUAAGGGACGAAGCCCUGUUAUUUCGCAUCUCUUUUUUGCUGAUGACUCUCUUUUCUUCCUCAAGGCUAAGGAUAGUUGUGUCAGGGAAUUCCUUAGGACUCUCCAAUGCUAUUGUGCUACUUCAGGUCAAAGUGCCAAUUUACAGAAAUCUGUGAACCCAAAGCAGAAGAAAACAAGAGGUGAACCGCUCAAUCUGUCAAAUGGGUAUUACAUACACUUGAAACCCAGUUCAGUAUACAUAUCAUCGCAGUAUAAAAGUUUUUACUUCAAAAUGGAUUCAGGGUCUAAUGGGGAAGAACCCACUUCGUGGGAUGAACUAUGCAACAUAAAUUUGAUGCCCUCCGAGUUGUUUCUCAAGUUCAGAAAAGAACUUGAAGGGUUUCGCAUUGGUGUCAAUAUGGAGUUCUAUAAUGCUCCGAGCAAUGAGUACCAGGCAAAGCUGGUUUUGAAGCCUUUAUCCCAUGAUCGGAGAUGGAAAUUCAUAUAUGAGCCUCUAAAUCAUGAUGUGCGUGUUCUUUCCAAGAAAAUUCCUAUAACCAAAUUUCUAAAUCUUCAGGUAGGCAUAGGCCAUAGUUUUCUGUUGCAAGCAACUGGUUGGAAGUGGAAGCUUACAACUUGUUUGGGUGGGGAUGGUGUAUCUCGGAUCCGGAAUAAGACAUCACUUGGAUUGUUCCCUGGUGUGGAUUUUCGAUUUGGGUGGAGAGCUGACUAUGUACUUCCAGAAGUUACUGGGGCUGUUGGCACUGGUGAACCAUUGUUCAACAUGAACUCAGGACGCUUACAAGCAUCACUGGAUAGAAUUGAGGCCAUCUUUACAAUAUGA